GUCAAGUUGGACCAUGGAGAGAUUUUCCCCCGACCUGAUGCUCACAGCCCGGCGAGAGCUUGGUGAAACGCCGAAAGUCAAGAGGGACGCUGUGGCUCAAUUGCGGACACUCCUCGCCGAGGACCUGGCGCUGAAAUGCCCCCUGGACGAGGAGUUCUUGGUGAAGUUCCUGCGUUGCCGAAAGUACCGCGUCAAGGAAACCUUGGAAGUAAUCCGGAAGUACUUCCACGUCCGGCGAGAAUACACCGACGUCUACAAUAAUCUACUGCCAUCACGCAUCUUGUUCGAUGCGAUAUUCCGCCAAAACAAACUCAUCUCCAUUCUCAAGCAACCCGACCCUCAAGGGAGGCUGAUAGCCUGUUGUAAGCUGGGUAAGUGAGAGGCUCAAUGAACCAGUUGCUUUACCUUCAAUUCGUAGUGCAGGCAAAAAGCGAUAAGUGAGUGAUACUUAAACGCUUUAUACUAAUCAUCAAUCUAAAAACACCUUUUUGUCGAUUCGUCUCCGGAUUAAUCCACGCAAGCUCUU